AUGUCUAAAAUUGUAGCGGAAAACUCUUUCAUUGGCGAACAGAGGCCUUUGGACCUCAAUGAUUUUGAUAAACUGGUCAAUGACGCUUUUCACACAAGCGGCGAGUCUGCAAAUGCUGGCACAGUAACGGAAUCUAUUCUGGAAAAUCUCACCAAAGCUUCAUCUGCUCACAAGUUCGUGGUUUCUAUCACAAGUAUAACCCAGGAACUUUUAGACAAGCCCGCCAGCCAACCCACGAUCGAGAACUUUGUUGGUGGCUCUUGGGAUAAGGCCAAAGACGGCCUCUAUAGUACGAGAAUUGAAAAAGACCAAGCGACGUUCCUUGUUACGGUCAUCUGGCUUGCCAAAUAA